AUGACAGACAGCAGCAUCACGGUACGUGUCGAUGUCGCAGGCAGUGAGACGGCCAUGCUCUUUGACGGCACGCUACGCUCGCUAGCCAAGGAGUGCCCGCCGCUGCCCGGGGCCAGGCUCGGCAAGGGAGGCAAGCAAGCAGGGGUUGACAAGGCAGUGGUGCUGCGCUUCCUGGGUCGCUCCCGGGUGAUAGGAUUCAUCAUCACAGAGCUUAUUAACAAGUCGCUGCUGGCUUACCUGGACCAGAAAGGCUUAACAUCAACAGGCGACGCCAAGACCACCCAGUCUUCAGACGAGCUCCAGGCAGCAUAUGAACCGGGCAAGCCCUUCACAUUUACUGCAGAGGUACCGCAUUUGGGGUUCCUUCACCCAUCCAUCUUCUUCUUUCACCGUAGUGGCAGGGGCGUGUGCAACCACCACAGAGGCACGUGUCAGUGCCCCAUUGGAUACAAAGGCCCGGACUGCUCGCUCCUCUCGCCCCUCCCCUGCAACAUGCCGGCUUCCCCCAACGCCCCUCUGGGCAUGUGGGCGGUGUCUUCGUGCCCGCUCGAAGCUUUCUGUGACACCACAACUGCGCGCUGUCUCUGUGGGAAUGCCACGGCCUAUCCUACUAGACCACUAUUUGGAGCGUGCGGGUUCAACGCAGAGAAAGGGGACUGGUUUCUACACCCCAACAUCUCCAAAGUCCGCCUCACCUCUCCCAGUGCCAUGGGCUGGUGCCAAAUCGACCCUGCCAAAGCAGAUUCCGGGCAGCAAAAACUCGAGGGCUCUCCCUGCGCGUGCCCGUACGAUGGGCAGGGCGGACAAUUUUGCCACGUGCCCGUGAAGGCGUACUGUGCGGGGGGGUGUCAAGGCCGAGGGGAGUGCCAAACAGGGUACUGCAAGUGUCAGCCUGGGUGGUACGGCAUUGACUGCAGCCUGCCGUCCCAGCCCACAGCAGCAGCCCUGGCACUCACACCCUCAUCAACAGACGCUACCGGUGGCAGUGAAUCGGGACGAAGCUCCUCCGAGCAAGGGGAACCUGGAGGGCACAGAGAGCAUGAGGGGCAGGCUGGGCAGGUUGUGCAGACGGAACAGGCUGAGCAGGUUGGAGAGACAGGACGGGCUGAGCAUGCAUCGUUGCCUCUUCCAGAAUGGUUUGGGGUGUCUGCAGACAGGGAAACGUGGGAGGAGGUGGAGUUAGACGUGGCAGAGGAGGAAGUGGGAGGAGGAGGAGCAGAAAAAUCGGAUUCUGGUGCAGUGGUAUCAGCAUCAGCACCAGCAUCAGCAGCAGCAGCAGCAGCUUCAACAGCAACAGGGAUGGCGUCUGCUUCUAGUGGCGCCGCCAGGUCUCUCGUGGCCCCAAGGCGCCACCCGUUGAUCUACAUAUACGACCUACCAGCAGAGCUGUCCUCGCACCCUUUCCAGGGCAGGCACAGCCGGUUCUACUGCACCCCGUGGCUCUACGGCUACCAGAACGAAACAGACUUCAACCACGGCUGGCUGUAUGGCCUGGAGGGGGUGCUGUUCGAAGGGUUGUUGGCCAGUGUGCAUCGGACCAACGACCCCUGGCAGGCAGAUUACUUCUAUGUGCCGCUGCCCGGGGCCUGCAUGACUGCCCGCGCUGAUGACUCCCCCGCCUACUCCAUGCUGGGCAAGUACCUCGUCCGCCGCACCAACCUAGUGGCAGACUUUUACAUGCGCGCAUACCAUCAUAUCCGCGAGCACUACCCCUUCUGGAACCGCACAGGCGGGCGCGACCACAUCUGGCCCUUUGCAUGGGACGAGGGCGCGUGCACAGCCCCCCAACCCCUCUGGCCGUCCAUCCUGCUCUCCCACUGGGGCAACUCCAUGCUCUCCCACGCGCACUCCACCACCACAUACCCGGGGGACUCCUGGGCCUUCCUGCCCCCCGCGCUCAGGGGCACCCACCCCUGCUACGACCCGCACAAGGAUGUGGUCAUGCCGGCAUUUAAAGGGCCCCGCGCGGACUUCUACAGCCGCCGCCUGUGGAAAAGGCCUGUCUCUGACCGCCCCCUGCUCUUCUAUUUCAACGGUCAGCUUGGGACGGCCUUUAGUGGUCGCCCAGAGAAAGAUUACAGCAUGGGCAUUCGGCAGCGGGUGGCGCACCUGUUUGCGUCCAUAGAGAACGUGAACGGCAGCAAGGGCCAGAUGUGGGCUCCGGACGUGGUGGUCACGAGCAAGCGCAGCAACGACUACUCAUUCAAUCUUUCCUCAUCGCGUUUCUGUGGCGUGUUCCCCGGGGAUGGCUUCAGUGCGCGCAUGGAGGAUGCAAUGCUGCAUGGGUGCAUCCCCGUCAUCGUGCAGGAUGGGAUUCAUUUACCGUUUGAAAACUUCCUUUCUUAUGAGGAUUUCACUGUGCGGAUAGCAGAAGAGGAUAUUCCCAACAUGAUCAGAAUCCUGAGGUCGCUCCCCUCUGCCCGUGUGCAGCACCUAUGGGAGGGGGUUCAGCGCAUGUGGCAGCGGUGGGUGUAUCACGGGGUGAUGAGGCUCGAGGCAAAGCGGCAGAGGGAGCAGCACGGGCAUCGCAUGGCCUGGGCUGUAGCACUAGAGGAAUGGAUAGAGGAGGAUAGAGGCAGAGAGGAGGAGGGGAGGGGUGGGGGUGGGGAGGGAAGAGAGGGUGUGGGAGGAGGGGGAGGGGGAGGGGGAGGGGGAGGAGGAGAAGAAGGGUGGAGGCGUGGCGGGGGUGACAGUGUGGUGGGUGUGCAGGAGGGGAGAGGGCUGGGGAUGGAAGCUGGGGCGGAUGGUGUGGGAACACGGGGUGAGGCGGGCGGGAGGAAGAGGAAGAGGAGAAGAUCAGAUGAUGCCUUUGAUACACUAAUGCAGAUUCUCUAUUACAAACUACACAACGAUCCUUGGCGGAAGACAUGUCGGUUAAAGAGUGCAUAA